AUGGGAUCCGUUGAGCAAUCCACUCUGCCCCCGGAUUUUGUCUGGGGCUUUGCGACAGCCGCCUACCAAAUUGAAGGAGCCGUGAACGAAGAUGGUCGCGCUCCUUCGAUUUGGGAUACGUUCUGCAAGAUACCCGGUAAGAUCGCUGGCGGUGGAUCUGGGGAGGUAGCAUGCGACUCGUACCACCGAACACACGAGGACAUUGCCUUGUUGAAGGAAUGUGGUGCUUCGGCAUACCGAUUCUCCCUAUCAUGGUCCCGCAUCAUACCCCUCGGCGGUCGGAAUGAUCCCAUCAACAAGAAAGGCUUGGAGUUCUACGUCAAAUUCGUGGAUGACCUCCACGCUGCGGGAAUCACGCCCAUGAUCACUCUGUUUCACUGGGAUCUUCCGGAUGCGUUGGACAAACGCUACGGUGGACUUCUGAACAAGGAGGAAUUUGUUGCCGACUUCGCAAACUAUGCUCGCGUAGUGUUCGAAGCAUUCGGAUCCAAGGUCAAACAGUGGAUUACCUUCAACGAGCCUUGGUGCAGCAGUGUUCUUGGAUACAACAAUGGUUCCUUCGCCCCGGGCCACACAAGCGAUCGCACCAAAAGCCCGGUCGGAGAUAGCUCAACCGAGCCGUGGAUUGUUGGUCACAGUUUGUUGGUCGCUCAUGGAGCUGCGGUGAAGAUAUACCGAGAUGAGUACAAGGAGCGAGACGGCGGCGAGAUUGGCAUUACACUCAACGGUACACCUCUUCCCACCACAGCCCCUGUCAUUGCUGACAAUAUAAUCAAAGGUGACUGGGCCGAGCCCUGGGACCCCGAGAACCCUGCCGACGUCGAAGCCUGUGAUCGCAAGAUCGAAUUCGCCAUCUCAUGGUUCGCCGACCCAAUCUACCAUGGCAAGUACCCCGACAGCAUGAUCAAGCAGCUCGGAGACCGCCUGCCAACCUGGACGACCGAAGACAUUGCUCUAGUACACGGUAGCAACGAUUUCUAUGGUAUGAACCACUACUGCGCGAAUUAUAUCCGCGCCAAGACAGGCGAGCCGGAGUUGGACGACGUCGCUGGUAACCUAGAGCUGCUUCUCGAAGACAAGAACGGACAAAGCAUCGGGCCCAUCACUCAGUCCCCUUGGCUGCGACCGUGUGCGCUGGGAUUCCGCAAGCUGCUCAAGUGGCUUAGUGAGCGGUAUAGAUACCCUAAGAUCUACGUUACCGAGAACGGGACCAGUGUCCUCGGAGAGAACGACAUGCCGCUGGAAGAGCUUCUCAACGAUGAGUUCCGUGUGCAAUAUUUCAAGGACUACAUCGGUGCCAUGGCCGAUGCUUAUACCUACGACGGUGUCAAUGUGCGAGCCUACAUGGCUUGGAGUCUUAUGGACAACUUUGAGUGGGCCGAAGGCUACGAAACUCGCUUUGGUGUGACUUUUGUCGACUACGAGAAUGAUCAGAAGAGAAUGCCGAAGAAAAGUGCUAAAGCUAUUAGCCAGAUCUUUGAGCGGUUGAUUGAGAAAGCUUGA